UUUGCCUUUUUUUAAGCCCACCUGGGGAAAACGAAACUUCUUCCCCCAUAGACAGAGGUUUGAGGAUGGGUAUGUUGAGCCUAAGUCCUUGGUGCUAACAGGCCAGCAUUCCCGAAAGCCCAGCAACAUUUCCUUUUUGCCUUACUUUGGAUCCUACGUUGUCUUUUGGCAGCUGGGACAGCAGAACCAGGGCCAGAAAGAUGGUUGCCGUAAGGAAAAGGAACGUGAAAAUGUUUACGUUUGCCUUUCUGCUCAUCACGAUAACGUCGUUCCUGCUCAACUACAAGCAUCAGGUGACCAUGACCACCUGGGACCUUAAGCACAUCAUCAUGCAGUUCUCUGAGCAAUUCAGGAAACUCAUCAAAUACCCCAGAAGACCAUGCAGCUGCACCACAUGUAUUUCGGAACGAGGACAUUCCCUCUGGUUUGAUCAGAGGUUUAACCAAACUAUGCAACCUUUCCUGACCUCACGGGAUGCAUUGAUCCCAGAAGAUAGCUACAGGUGGUGGCUGAGAUUGCAAAGAGAGAAAGGUCCUAAGAAUAUCAAUGACACUCUCAAGGAAUUGUUUGGGAUCAUUCCUGGGGAUGGGGAUCCACUACAGGAACGAGACAUCUUCGCCUGCAGGCGAUGCGCUGUUGUGGGAAACUCUGGCAACCUUCGGCAGUCUCAGUACGGCCACGACAUUGACUCCAAUGACUUUGUGCUCAGAAUGAAUCGUGCCCCAACUGCUGGCUUUGAAUCAGAUGUUGGCAGCAAGACCACUCACCACUUUGUUUACCCCGAGAGCUACAAAGAGUUGGCAGAAAAUGUGAGCAUGAUUGUGAUCCCCUUCAAAACCCUGGACCUGCGCUGGGUUGUCACUGCUCUCACCACCGGCACCAUCAACUUCACAUAUGUUCCAGUUCCAAGGAAAAUCAAAGUCAAAAAAGAAAAGAUCCUGAUUUAUAACCCAGCUUUUAUCAAGUAUGUCUAUGAAAACUGGCUGCAGCGUCAUGGAAGAUACCCUUCCACAGGCCUUCUGUCGCUAAUAUUUGCACUCCACGUAUGCGAUGAGGUGAAUGUGUAUGGUUUUGGAGCAGACAGCAGAGGACACUGGCAUCACUACUGGGAAAACAACCCUUCGGCAGGGGCUUUCCGGAAAACAGGUGUCCAUGAUGGGGAUUUUGAGUUCAAUAUUACUUUGACUCUUGCCUCCAUUGAAAAAAUAAAUUUUUUUAAGGGCAGAUGAUGUUUACCGUGGGGAGAAAUGGGGGCUGCAAUUUCCAGCAUGCAGCAGGACAGAAUUUAGUGAAGAAGAUCUGGAAGCCAACCAGGUUUAAGUGUCUGAAUCGGUGGUGGAUUUGGUGUGUCUCACUGCCGCAGUGGUCACUGCAUGGAGCUCGUCCGAAGACAGGGUUCAUGGCUGCACCUGAUUUCCUUCUACAGAUAGCUGGGACCUCCCAGUCAGUUCUGGGGAUAAAUGGUAUGCAGAAUCACUGCUUAGGCUCUACAUCUUAUUUCCUGAAUUACUGACGAAAAAUCCGCCUGUUAGAAUCGAAGGAAACUUGGACACAGGAACUGCUAUUUGUGUGUCCAUUCUUUCCUUGAGUAAAACAGGAAAUUUUUGAAGAAAAAUACCUUCUGCGAUCUGAUACCCACUAGGGUAGCUGUGAACAUCAUAGUAAGGAUUACCUCAAAGAAAUGAUUUCACUUCUGCUGUUGAUCUUCUUUUUGAACCAUCUCUUCAGUUUUCUCUCUUACUUC